AUGCGUCGCCCCAGCGGUUGCCCCACGGCCCAGCUCUGCAUCCCCCCCCCCGCCGUCCUGGUGAGGAGCUUCCCGGUGAAAACCCGCCCGGAUCCCCGUGGCACCGCCUGCAGCUUCCAGCAGAGCCUCUGUUUGCCUCCCCGCGGGAAUCCCUGCAGGAAUCCCCCCUGCUGCUGCUACACCACCGUGCCCCAGGGCAGCACCACCUACGUGAAGCUGGGCGGGCUGGGGCUGGCACAGCCUGCGGGGGAUCCCUGCUGCUCCCAAGGGACCACGUGCCAGGAGUCCUGCUGCCAGGAGGUGACCAAGUGCACCACGACGUGUGUGGAUCCCUGCUGCCAGGAGGUGACCAAGUGCACCACCACAUGCCAAGAUCCCUGCUGCCAGGAGGUGACCAAAUGCACCACCACAUGCCAAGAUCCCUGUUGCAAGGAGGUGACCAAAUGCACCACUACCUGUGUGGAUCCCUGUUGCAAGGAGGUGACCAAAUGCACCACCACGUGUGUGGAUCCCUGCUGCAAGGAGGUGACCAAAUGCACCACCACAUGUGUGGAUCCCUGCUGCCAGGAGGUGACCAAGUGUGUGACCACUACAUGUGUGGAUCCCUGUUGCAAGGAAGUGACCAAGUGCACCACCACAUGUCAAGAUCCAUGUUGCAGGGAGGUGACCAAGUGUGUCACCACGUGUCAAGAUCCAUGUUGCAAGGAAGUGACCAAGUGUGUCACCACGUGUCAAGAUCCCUGUUGCAAGGAAGUGACCAAGUGUGUCACCACAUGUCAAGAUCCCUGUUGCAAGGAGGUGACCAAGUGUGUCACCACAUGUCAAGAUCCCUGUUGCAAGGAGGUGACCAAGUGUGUCACCACAUGUCAAGAUCCCUGUUGCAAGGAGGUGACCAAGUGCACCACCACGUGUGUGGAUCCCUGCUGCAAGGAGGUGACCAAGUGCACCACAACCUGUGUGGAUCCCUGUUGCAAGGAAGUAACCAAAUGCACCACCAGGUGUGUAGAUCCCUGCUGCCAGGAGGUGACCAAGUGCACUACUAAGUGUGUGGAUCCCUGUUGCAGGGAGGUGACCAAAUGCAUCACCACGUGUGUGGAUCCAUGUUGCAGGGAGGUGACCAAGUGCAUCACCACGUGCCAAGAUCCGUGUUGCAGGGAGGUGACCAAGUGCACCACAACCUGUGUGGAUCCCUGUUGCCAGGAGGUGACCAAAUGUGCCACCAGGUGUGUGGAUCCCUGCUGUCGACCUGUGACCAAGUGCACCACUCAGUGUGUGGAUCCCUGCUGCCAGGAGGUGACCAAAUCCAUCACCAGGUGUGUGGAUCCCUGCUGCCAGGAGGUGACCAAGUGCAUCACCAGAUGCCAAGAUCCGUGUUGCCAGGAGGUGACCAAGUACAUCACCAGGUGUGUGGAUCCCUGUUGCCAGGACGUGACCAAAUGCAUCACCACAUGUCAAGAUCCCUGCUGUCAGGAUGUGACCAAGUGCAUCACCACAUGCCAAGAUCCCUGUUGCCAGGAGGUGACCAAGUGCAUCACCAGCUGUGUGGAUCCCUGUUGCCAGGAGGUGACCAAGUGCACCACCAGAUGUGUGGAUCCCUGCUGCCAGGAGGUGACCAAAUGCACCACCACGUGCCAGGAUCCCUGCUGCCAGGAGGUGACCAAGUGUGUCACCACGUGCCAGGAUCCCUGCUGCCAGGAGGUGACCAAGUGUGUCACCACGUGCCAGGAUCCCUGCUGCCAGGAGGUGACCAAGUGCAUCACCACUUGUCAAGAUCCGUGCUGCCAGGAGGUGACCAAGUGCACCACAACCUGUGUGGAUCCCUGUUGCAAGGAGGUGACCAAAUGCACCACCAGGUGUGUAGAUCCCUGCUGCCAGGAGGUGACCAAAUGCACCACAACCUGUGUGGAUCCCUGCUGCCAGGAGGUGACCAAGUGUGUGACCACAUGCCAGGAUCCCUGCUGCGUGCCCAGCUGUGCCCCCAGGUGUGUGGAUCCCUGCCCUGGGGGCAUCCAGGCCGUCACCAAGUGCGUGGAGUCCUGUGCCACCCCCUGUGUCACCCAGGUGUCCUGUGCCACCCCCUGUGUCCCCCAGGCCUGCCCCGCCUGUGGCCAGCGCUGCCCCCUCCGCUCCCGCAAAUUCCGGGGGCUCUGA